CGUGCGCGGCGCGCUGUGACGGAGCGGGUCGGCCGCGUCCCUUUGUUGGCGGCGGUUGAGGCGCGGUGGGGCCGGGGCUAGCGCCGGAGCGGGGGGGCGGCGGCGGGCGCUAGCCAGGCCGGCGGGGCCACGGGAGCCGCCGCCGCCGUUUCUUCACCGCCUCGCCAUGGACUCGGACGAGGGUUACAACUACGAGUUCGACGAGGACGAGGAGUGCAGCGAGGACAGCGGCGCGGAGGAGGACGAGGAGGACGAGGAGGAGGACGAACCCGACGAUAACCUGGACCUGGGCGAGGUGGAGCUGGUGGAGCCCGGGCUACGCGUCGGCGGAGAGCGCGACGGGCUGUUAGGCGGUGAAACGGGAGGGCUGGGCCCCGGCGGCGGCGGCGGUGGAGGCGGCCUGGGCGGCGGGCCGGGCCCCGGAGGUGGCGGCGGCCCCGAGCAAGAGGAGGAUUAUCGCUACGAGGUGCUGACGGCUGAGCAGAUCCUGCAGCACAUGGUGGAGUGUAUCCGCGAGGUCAACGAGGUUAUCCAGAAUCCAGCGACUAUCACUCGAAUACUACUUAGCCAUUUCAACUGGGAUAAAGAGAAGCUGAUGGAAAGGUACUUUGAUGGUAACUUGGAGAAGCUCUUUGCAGAGUGUCAUGUAAUUAAUCCAAGUAAGAAGUCUCGAACGCGCCAGAUGAACACAAGAUCGUCAGCCCAGGAUAUGCCUUGUCAGAUCUGCUAUCUGAACUACCCAAACUCGAGGAUUUCAGGUUUCUUUGAUUGGAGCUUCAUAGAAGCUGAUGAUAUCUCAGGGUGGAGCUCUUGUUUUAUCUUAUUGGCUGAAAAUAAGUACUUUACUGGUCUAGAGUGUGGACACAAGUUCUGCAUGCAGUGCUGGAGUGAAUAUUUAACUACAAAAAUAAUGGAGGAAGGCAUGGGACAGACCAUUUCAUGCCCUGCUCAUGGCUGUGAUAUCUUAGUUGAUGACAAUACAGUUAUGCGUCUGAUCACAGAUUCCAAGGUUAAAUUAAAGUACCAGCAUCUAAUAACCAAUAGUUUUGUAGAGUGUAAUCGACUGUUAAAGUGGUGUCCAGCCCCAGAUUGCCACCAUGUUGUUAAAGUCCAGUAUCCUGACGCUAAACCUGUUCGCUGCAAAUGUGGACGUCAGUUUUGCUUUAACUGUGGUGAAAACUGGCAUGAUCCUGUUAAAUGCAAGUGGUUAAAGAAAUGGAUUAAGAAGUGUGAUGAUGACAGUGAAACUUCUAAUUGGAUUGCAGCAAACACAAAGGAAUGCCCAAAAUGUCAUGUCACCAUUGAGAAGGAUGGGGGCUGUAACCACAUGGUCUGUCGGAACCAGAACUGCAAAGCAGAAUUCUGCUGGGUGUGUUUGGGCCCCUGGGAGCCCCACGGGUCUGCCUGGUACAACUGUAAUCGCUACAAUGAGGAUGAUGCAAAGGCAGCAAGGGAUGCGCAGGAGCGAUCCAGAGCAGCCCUGCAGAGGUAUCUGUUCUACUGCAACCGCUAUAUGAACCACAUGCAGAGCCUGCGCUUUGAGCACAAGCUCUAUGCUCAGGUGAAGCAGAAAAUGGAGGAGAUGCAGCAGCACAACAUGUCGUGGAUCGAGGUGCAGUUCCUGAAGAAAGCAGUUGACGUCCUCUGCCAGUGUCGUGCCACACUCAUGUACACUUACGUCUUUGCCUUCUACCUCAAAAAGAAUAAUCAGUCCAUUAUCUUUGAGAAUAACCAAGCAGACUUAGAGAAUGCUACAGAGGUGCUUUCUGGGUACCUUGAACGAGAUAUAUCCCAAGAUUCACUGCAAGACAUAAAGCAGAAAGUACAGGAUAAGUACAGAUACUGCGAGAGUCGACGAAGGGUUUUGUUGCAGCAUGUGCAUGAAGGCUAUGAGAAGGACCUGUGGGAGUACAUUGAGGACUGAGACUGGCCCUGCAUAAAAUGAACUCUGAAACCUCUACCAUCUAGAGUGCUCAUGCCGAUUCAAAUCAAACACCCACAAGGUGCUACUGCCUGUUACACCACUGGUCUGUAGUACCGGGAUUCUGUUUUGUUAACAGAAAAUUUAAGUAAAUUAUAUUGUAAUAAAAAAAGGUAGAUAAACCAUUGUACAACAGUAUUCUAGGUGGCCAAUAUAAGUGUGACAGAUGCACUAAAAAAACAAACAAAACAAAACCCUCCAACUUUAACUUGUAAUGUAGCUUCAUUCUCCAAGCCGACUCCUUUUUCUUUUCUGUCUUUCUUUUCCUGUGUGUAGUACAGAUGAAAUUUAAACCAAUUUAUUGACACUGCUUUUCAUGUCCAAACCAGCCAUUUUGAUGUACUUUGGUAAGGGGGGAAGGCUGUCCCGCUCCCCUCCUCCUCCUCUCUGCCACCCACAUAGAGGGAUAAAUGUUGAUUGGCUCGUUGUAAAGAUGCUUCUUGGGGAGGGGAGGAGGGGGGGCACACAGCAAGGAAAAUAAAAAAAACCCUUUGUAUAUGACUUUUAAACAAAGAGGACAACACAGUAUUUUUCAAAGUUGUAUAUAGCGCAUAUGCAUGGACAAAGAGCAAGCGUGGCACGUGUUUGCAUAAUGUUUAAUUACAAAGAAAUAUUUAUUCUUUAAAAAUCUUCAAGAUUAUGUCUAUUUGCUGUGCAGUUUCUUUCAGUUUGAUUCCUGUUUUGUUUUCCCUGGGAUGGGGUGGGAGAGUGUGCUGGCAUAGUGCAUCUGUUUUAUUUUUACCCAAUAAGCUAGUUUCUCCUCUUCCUGCAGUUCCUUUGUUCACGGCUUUAUGCGUGUGCCCACUGCCAGCGGCUGCCCUGUCCCCUCAGCACAGCCCCUGGUGCUCGGUGCCCUCCCCCCCCUUGUGCAUUGCGUUAGUGACCACUCUGGUUUUUUUCUUUGACCCCAGAUUCCUACUCUGCUGUUCCCAUCCAUGCACGCAGGAGACACGCUCCGCACCCAGAGGAGGGGUGCGCUGUGUGGAUUUAGAGUUUUCUUUUUAAUUCCAAAGCAGGAGAAGGAGGGGUAUUUUGCACCACUUCUCAAAAGACUUCUGAAAGACUUCGGCUGUGGAUCUCCUCUCCCUCCCUCUUUCAUCUGUCAAAUGGACCGUUCCUUGCUGUUUAAGUUUCACUUUACAUUAUAACAAGUCGUAACAUUGAAAAGGAAAGGUGAUGGAAUUGUCUUUGUGUUUGUUUUGGGCUCAAGUUCUGGACAUCCUGUCCAAAUAUUUAACACUCCAUCUAGUGCAGUAGAAGUUGAAAUCAGCGGGGUCUUUUUCAAUUAAAAGGGUAAAGAACUAAUGAGUUAGCUAUUGAGUCCAUUUUUAUGAUUUCUGUAACAAGAGCUAUGUUAAAGUAAACAAUUGGUGGUGGUUUUAUUAAAUUUACUCCUGUAUAGGAA